CUGCUCAAGAGGCCUGCUUCACUCACCCUCACUUCCUGUUGGAGUGUGAAGUCUGCAAGACACAGCUGGAUACGGACUGAACUCUCACAAGAUAUUUAAUCAGGAAAGAGAGAUGCUGUACACGGAGCUGCUGCGGCUCUGGGACGAGGCGGUGCAGGCAGCGGACUCUCGGGACUGGCAGGGCGCUCUGUCCAGGCUGCAGCAGAUCACUGAGCCCACGUCCCGCACCCUGUUCAACACGGCCUCCGCCCACCUGCUGCUGGGACAGCCGGACCUGGCCCUGACGGCUUUAGACCUCACUAUCGCCAAAGAUGAACGUCUUGCUGUUGGCUUCUUCCAGAGAGCAGCAGUGAUGAUGCAGAUUGAGAGGCUGGAGGAAGCUCUGUCUGACUGUAUCUGGGCACAGAAGCACAUGAGAGGAAACACGGUCAUCGACUACAGACAGCUGGGACUGAGAUUCAAACUCUACAGCUGGCAGGUGUUAUAUAAUGCAGCAGCUGUGUACUGUCGGAUGGGCCAGUGGGAGCAGGCCAGGGAGGUUCUGCUGUCAGCUUCCCAGGAGAGAGGAGUUCGGGGGGGAAACAUAGAGGCGGCUUUGGACAGCGUCCUGAGGAAAGAGGUCCUGGCUCCUCUGCUGGUGCCUGAGAACGUGCUGUUCCGUCCCAGGAAACAGGAUGUGGAGCAGCUGCAGCAAAGAGACUUCCUGGGCAAAGCAAAGGUGAUUUCCUCCAUGAUUCCCAAUGAUGACUUUGGAGGCUUUGAACCUCUGAGGCUGCAGAAACCUGGUUUCUAUGAGCCCAAGUUGGAUGGAACGCAGGAUUCCCGAUACAUGCACAUGCGAGUUCCUUACAUGGCCCGAGGGCCUCAACAGCUGACUGUGCCCGGGGGGGCCAUGGUGUUUUUAUAUGGCGAGGAAGACAGGGAUGGGAUGGCAACUGUCAUAUAUGACGGACAGAGAGGACUUCUUCCAAUGUCCCUGCUCGAUCCUGCCGAUGUCAAGACAUCGAAAGGCAAAAAGGAGAAUAGAGUUCCCAGUGGGAUCCCUCUCCCACCAGGAUUAAAGCCCCCCACCCGCCCGCAGGCCCAGCCUAGCCCUGCAGCUCCUCCUCGAGUACGUUUUUCCUCAGACACUUUACCUCCAUCCUACACCACCGCCACCCAGGCACCGCCCUCAGCCUCCGAGUCCCCGCAGUACACAGACAACCCAGCCAGAGACCAGCAUGCUGAUGCAGCUCAGGGAGCGGAGGCGGGCUCUGUGCUGGUGAAGGUCCACUUUACGUACACAGUGGCUCUAUCUGUCCCUCUGGAGACAACUAACCGUGAAAUAACGGAUCGCAUCGCACAGAAACUGGGCCAGCCAGCGUCUCAGCUGCGCCUCAGAUAUAAGCAGCAUGGCUCCCGGGUGCUAAUACCUGUGGGGAGCGAGGGGGGGCCAGGCCGUACUGUGCAAGAUGUGGCGGAGGCUGGCAGAGCAACCCUGUGGUGCCAGACAGAAGACCCCUUGGCCAACCGCUCCAUCCUCUACCAGAUGGUGGCGCUGUAUGACUACACUGCUCAGGGAACAGAGGACCUGGAGUUCAGCGAAGGGGACACCAUCGACAUCCUGGGUGAAGUGAACGAGGAGUGGCUGGAGGGACACAACGCAGGAAACAUCGGCAUCUUCCCCGGCUGCUUUGCGUACAGGGAGAACUCCAACAACACCUAGUGCUCCGAGUUAUAAAAGCAGCCGUGUAACUGCAGCCAUCGCUAUAUUUUUCCUGAGAAGGCUGGCACAAAGCGGACUUAGUAUCAACCUUUUCAUGCUUGAAAAUAUGUUUGACUCAUAUGGUAUCAUUGAGGCUGAAAAACUGUUGAAUGAGGAUAUGUUGUAUCAUGUUAAGCUUCUUUAUGAUACUGAUGAGUGUGUUUAAAUUGUAUCACUGUAAUAUUCAAUGAGGGCCCAUACUGAUCCAAUGAGGUAGCAGUAUGAUGCUCCAUAUUUUAUAAUCAUCCUGGUGAGGCAUCCUAAUGUUCCACUGGAUCCUCCAGUAUCUGCUACUGGAGGGACCCAUCUUUUAAUCUAAAACAUUAUCUUUUAAUGUAAAUACACAUUUCCUCUCUUUCAUGAAUGAAGACGUAGAAACACCACAUCCUUUAUUGGCCUUCAUUUUAAUAUAUAACAUUAUGUAAUCAUACUUCAAAAAUGCCUAUAAUAUGUUAGAUUUUAGUACUGUAAAUAAUUAUUGCCGACUUCAACUACAUUAAUGUGUUGGUAUUGUAAUGUGCAGAAACUAAAUGACCAAAUAGAGAGACAAUAGUAACUUGUUUAACAUGUGGAAGCACUACAGGAUGAGUAUUUGGAGGUGUUUCACCUUCUCCCGCUCCUCACUGCAGAUCAUGAUUUCCCAUUUGCAAUAAAGCUUCUUAAACUCUUA